CGUGCACUUUUAAAAGUUGUUAAAUUGUGAAAUUAAUUCGAAAAAUGACAUAUUCGUGUCCGUUUAGUAUUGGUUUUCAUUUGCCACGUGCACGUAUUGUUUCUUAACUGUUUUUCCAUUACUUAAAUGUAAUAAACAUAAAUCUUUUCGACACUUCGAUUGAAGUUGUAAACUUUUAUACAUAGUUACAUACAUGAUCGUUCUGAUUAAAUAUAUUUGACGUUACUUCUGUAAGUCUUACAGAAACAUGUUUUAUACCAGGUGACGCCAGGAAAAUUGCAGACCAUAAAGUCUUCCAUGUUCCAUAAUUUUUAUUUAAUUAAUUUGUACUAUUUUGAUCGUCAAAAUGAAUUUAAAAAGCGUUAAGGACAGACUGAAAGAUGAAACGUUGGAUCUUAGCUUAUGCGACCUAAAGGAAGUGCCUGUUCGAGAAAUCACAACCAUCAAAAAAGCAACACAUUUGGAUUUAUCAAAUAAUUUAUUAACUUCUUUGCCUACUAACUUUAUCAAUCUUAAGCAAAUAGUUAAAUUGGAUCUUAGUAGAAAUAUGUUAACAGAAAUUCCUGAAAAUUUUGGUGAAUUAAGACAAUUGAAACAUUUAGAUCUUUAUGCAAAUCAGAUAAGCAGGCUACCGCUUAGUUUAAGCGAAUUAAAAAAUUUAAGAUGGUUAGAUUUAAAGGAAAAUCCUUUAACCCCUGCAGUGGCAAGCGUCGCAGGACCAUGUAGUAAUCUAAGCGAAUGUCAGGCAUGCGCUCGUAAUAUUGUUACAUAUUUAUCGCAUGUAAAGCUUACUAUAGAAGAAGAAAAGUUACGAAGACUAAAUGCAAUUAUUGAUACAGAAACAGAUACAGUAUCGACAAAAAAGACAGGAAAAAAGAAAAAGAAGAAAGCAGCAGAUAAAGAUAAUAAACCGAAUUUAGAUAAAAAUGAACGUAAUUCUUUGCCGAAGUUAUCGCGAAGCGAUGAAAGCGAAAUGAAAAAUUCGACGGCAACGAAUGAUCGAAAGUACACCGAUAAGCAAUCGAUUAAAGGAAAUACGUGUCGGACCUUUCUGCACACGAUUACAUGGCUUUUCCUAUUUAGUUCAAUACUGCUUAUGUUAAUCCUGAUUCUUCCAUUGUACUCAAAACAAUCGGAAUUACUUGUAAAUCAUUUCGAAACAAACAUGGGUAUACCUUUGAAGACGAUUCAACAACGUAGUACCGAUAUGUUUUAUUCCUUCACGCGAAGCGUAUCCAACGUUUACAAAGAUAUAUACUACGUUUACGAGAAGAAUUUUAACACGAACAAAGACAUUUCAAUAAAUGAAUAAACUGUAAUACAAAUAAUAUAUUCACCGAGACUAAGGGCAGAGCCGCGAAUACGCUGACGAGAAAUACUUGCGGCAAGAUGCGUUUUCGCUUCGAGAAGAGCAUUCUCUAUAUCCGCCAAUCCUGCAGCCUAAGGAAAUGGAAUGAUCAAAAAUUUCUCGAGAUCAUUUAUUACUUUACGCCAAUUAUCAACGAAAGAGCAUGCGUCCAUCCAAGCAAAUAGAGAGAAAGGAGAAAAAGGACGGAUCUAACCUCGAAGAUUGUUUUGCGUUCUUUAACGGCAUCCAUCUCCCGCUGUUUCGCAAAUUUCCUCCCUUGCAUGUCGUACAGCAACAACCAAACGAUUCUUUCACGAUCCCUCAUGGCGUUGUUACGACGCCAAAAUCCUAUAUCUUUCAGAGCGCGAUCAAAUAUUUUCUUGUCUAAAGAAGAAACAGGAAAAGAUAAAUAAAACUAUCUAGCUUGAAUUGGAA